UAAAGAAAUAUCUAAUCCUCUAGUUUAUGGACAAGAUGUAUCUGAAUUUUUAACAGAAAAAUUAAUUAACUUUUUUAGUGAUAAUUUAUCUAAUAACAAUGAUAUUGCACAAAAAUUUUUAAAUUCAAAACAUAUAAAUUUCAUAAUUUCACAUGAAGGAGAUAUAAAAAUUAGAGAUUUUAUCAAAUUAGAAAAAAUAAUUACUUUAGAUAUUGAAAAUAAUAUUAAACACAAUCCAAUUAAAGAAAGAAAAAAUGAUAAAAAUGAUAAACUAAAAACUGAAGAAGAAAAAUCAGUAAAUACUAUAAUUAAAGAAAUGAGUAAAUUAAAUCUUUCUGAACAAAAAGAAGAAUAUAUAAAACUUUCUAUUAUUUUAAAAAUAGAACAAAUACUAGAAAAUCUUAAAGAUGUU